GUGGGGUUUCCCCGUACGUACAGCUAUUGCUCCGUACUGUCGUUUACGGACCAACCUACAGUUCGGAGACCAAUUUCGAAGGUCCUUGGUUAUGGCAAUCCUAAUAUUCUCCUAGUAGCUCAUUUUUUGCAUGGUUACUUGUCAACGAAUACUCGCGUGUGUGGCAGUUUAUUACAGGUCAGCUACUACUACAGCUGUGCAGAACGCCUAAGGGAGUCUGUUCUAAGGCAAUAUGAACUUCCUAGGGCUGCAAGGCCCCGAGAAGCUGAAAGAUGUCACUCAAAUUUUGGACGGCUUGAGACAGGAUUUGACAGCAAAAAGUCUCUCUUCAACUGAGCGCACGCAAUUACUCCUGAAACUACGGCAACAUGGCACAAAUCCCGUGAAUGCGGAUCCCAUAUACUCGAAAAGCGGGAUUGAGACCUUGAUGAGAUAUGGCGUCGACGGGGAGACUACGGAUGAACGCCGCGCAGCGUUGCGAUGCGUCGCAAACUCUCUUCUUCUGGAUCCGAAGAUGCGCCAAAUAUUUGUGGAUACGGGUUAUGGCGGGAAACUAGCCGAAAUGCUUAAGACCGAUUCUUCGGAUGAUGAGAUGAUCAUCAGUCGGAUCCUCUUCCUUUCUACAUAUGACACAACUAUGGAUUUCGAGAAACUCAUCAACGCCCAUGGUCUGGGUGACAAUAUUAACUAUCAAAUUUCGCGUCACGCAGAGCAAUUUGUGAAAGGAGGAAAAGACCCUCUUUCACAGAUGGAUGAGAUGGCAUUGACAGACACCCUCAAACUAAUAUUCAACAUUGCAAAACUUCAUCCGGAUUUGAUGCCCGCCUUCAGCCCUUCAAUCCCGCACAUCCUAGAAAUCUUAAGUCGCAUAGAGAUACCGAAACGGCCUCUCGAUGGCGUGGUCGGCUACUCGAUCAAUUGUCUGUCAGUUCUGGAUCUUGACGGGAACAAGAGCAAAGACUAUGAGAGCAGUCAACUCUUCCCGGCUUCUAACCAGAACCGCAACGUAGACAGCCUGAUCAACAUUCUGAAAAAGGCCGUCGCUACGUACAAGACGGAUGACCUCGACUCACAGGCAAUAACACUUCUGCAUCUGCUUAUUAUCAUUUAUGAAGUUGCCCCCGAGGGCCCGAGAGAACAUAUGCGAGCUUUGAUUCUUCCCGAGAAGUCAGACCGCAGUGUACCGAUUGGACAAACUGAUACUCUGUCGUCAAAAUUGUUGAAGCUGUCAACUACGCCUUCACUCAACUUAAAGACUGCCAUCUCCGAGCUGAUGUUCGUUCUCUCCGGGAAGGAUGCAGAGACACUCACAAAGAACAUCGGAUACGGGUUCGCUGCAGGCUUCCUCUCAUCUCGCGAAUUAGGAGUGCCUCAGAAUACAGAGGAAAGUGGGCUUGAUUCCGAAAUCAACCCAAUAACCGGUCAGAGGUGGGAUGCAGAACCAGUGGAUACGGGACCACCUAUGACACAGGAGGAAAAGGAGAGAGAGGCAGAAAGACUAUUUGUUCUCUUUGAGAGGGCGAAAGCAAAUGGCCUUAUCAACGUCGAGAAUCCUGUGGUGCAGGCGGCUCGGGAAGGCAGGCUGGAAGAGCUGCCUGAUGAUGCUGACAGUGAUUGAAUAUCUCCUAUGAUAUACUCCAACAUUGUGUUUCAUGAUUAUGAUUCCCUCAUGUCCUAGGUCCAUUUCGUAUCUGCACGACGGUGGAAGAAAUUUCGCCAGCGUAAAAUUGUAGCCGCCAAAUCGCGAUGUAUUCCGAUGUACAGAUUAUUGAUCUAGAAGUAAACACGCUGUUUGCAAUCUUUAAUUCUGACUCAGACCUACAAAUCCAUGUAGAAAUUGCCUCCUCAAUAAUAAUCUCGAAUGAACAAUAAUAUACAUUGUCCGGACACCUGCUCU